GCGAUGACGUCGCGGGGGCGGGACGCGGCGGUGACGGCGUCAGAGCGAGACGAGCCGAGCGAGCUCGGAGGUGAGCGGUUUGCUGCUGCUGUGGGAAUGGGGGAGUACGGAGUGGCACCAGGCCAGCGCGUGGCUAUCAUCUGGGACAGCUCCUCGCCGGUUGAAGCCCUGAAGGAUUUGGUGGAUAAAAUUCAGGCACUGGUGGGAGCCAAUAAUCGUGUGUCUGUGGAAAACGUUAACCAGCUGUCUCAGUCAGCUCACAGGGAGUCCAGUUUUGAUGUAGUUCUCUCUGGUGUGGUACCAGGCAGUACAGCACAGCACAGUGCGGAGGUGCUGGCAGAAAUAGCUCGGAUACUUAAGCCAGGGGGCCGUGUCCUCCUGAAAGAAGCAGUGGUUACAGAAUCAGGAAACAACAGCAGAAUCAAGACAGCAGCCAAACUCCCCACAGCUCUGACUCUCUCUGGGUUGGUAGAAGUGAAGGAGCUGCAAAAGGAAGCAUUGACCCCAGAGGAGGCCCAGUCGGUCCAAGAGCACUUGGGUUACCAAGGCAAUGACCUUCUCAUUGUUCAGAUAGAAGGCAGGAAGCCCAAUUUCGAAGUGGGUUCCUCAAGUCAGCUCAAACUUCCCUUUGCCAAGAAGCCUGGUCCUUCAGGAAAACCCUCCGUGGACCCAGCCACUGCCAAGCUGUGGACGCUCUCUGCCAAUGAUAUGAAUGAUGAAGAGAUGGAUCUUCUGGACUCUGAUGAGCUGUUGGAUUCAGAGGAUUUGAAAAAGCCAGAUCCAUCGUCCCUUAGAGCUCCAUCCUGCAAAGAAAUGGGCAAAAAGAAAGCCUGCAAGAACUGCACAUGUGGCCUGGCUGAAGAGCUGGAACAGGAGAAGAAGAGCUCGCAGCCCAAAUCUGCCUGUGGAAAUUGCUAUCUGGGGGAUGCAUUCCGCUGUGCCAGCUGUCCUUACCUGGGGAUGCCUGCCUUCAAGCCUGGGGAGAAGAUUCUCCUGAAAGAGAACCAGCUGCAUGAUGCCUAACAAAGGCAUCUCUGGCUGUCCUGUGAAGGACUCCUCUGCUUUUCCAUCAGUCUGAGGUUCUUCUUGCAGUUCUCCUCAUUCUCUCAAGCUCAUGCUCUCCAGACAAUACUCCUUGUGGGGAGGGACACUGGGGGCACUGACACUGCUGUGAACUCAUCACUUGUAAUCACCCUUGGGCUACCUGACAAUUUUUGGUGACAAGUGGUCUCAUAUGUAUUAGACUUCAUGUUAUGCCUUGUUUUAGCUGGCUUGACUUGAUACUGGGACACUGGCCAUCACAGCAUGUCCCACCAGCAGAGGGAAGUAGAAUCAAGUGUCAGGUUAACCUCGUUUGUGUGUGGCAGGACCCAUACUUCCCCAUGCCCCUGUCGUACAGCUCUAAUUUGCCCUGAUUUUCCCUAACGAAUCAGCAGCUCUGGCUCAGCUCAGGGUGACACUGGGCUCCUGCUGUCUUUGAAAUUUGAACCUGCAGUUCCUUACCACGUGAAGGUGGCUUAGUAGCUCCUGUUGCAAGUCAGGAGCAGCAAGUACACUUAGCCAUAUGUAUAUGUACUCUUAGCAGCGUAUGUGAACUCCUUGGUAAAGUCUGUCAGACAUGAUGAAUUUCCAAGCGUUUUGGGAGCCUGCCCAUGAUAUCCCCGUCCCCCACCUAUUUCCAUCAAAAUGACAAAGAUUAAGUCCCACUGAGAAAACUCCUGCCCUUAAGGCAGAGAGCAGAUUAAAUAAGAUGUGUCUUGUCCUCCCACACCUUUCUGUCCAACAUCAACUGAUAACACAAGGGCAAUCUGAGACUGUUGCCUCUCUUGGUGGUUACCAGGUUAGUUACCUGCAGUGUCCAGUAAGUAAGAACAUAGCAAUAACUUAAUUUCUAGAUGAUCUGUGGUCACCGUCUGCUCCACAAGGUACUGACUACUCUUUAUUUAUUUGCAUAAUUACUGCUAGUGAAGCAUCCGCACAGGUGGAGGUUGUUCUGUGCCAGGCUUGCUUCUCACCCAGGGAGGAAGAGGAGGAAAACCCAAAGCCGGUGUCUCAGUGGGGUUUGCUUUGGAGCUCAUGCUCUACAGGAUGUGACUGCUUGUUGUUGUGCUACCUGAGUUACACACUAAACUCAUGGAGGGAGCUGGGAUGAAAGGCUGUUCUGUCCUUGAAAUAAAAAUGACCAAUAGUAAA